CGCUAAUUAAUCACCUGCAGAUGCUGCAAGAACGUCAUCGCCUUGGGAGUCUCUGAAGUGGAGGGAAAUGCGGGCACUGUGGCUGCUGCGAGUUGCAUAGAAAUCAGCAAGAGCCAGUGACAUACAUAUCUGCACCAUCUUCCCAGGCCCCGUCUUCAAAUCAAGAAUCACGCCAACGUCAACCUUCACCGCACUGGAAUUUUCUGCCUGAAUUGGUGUUGUGCAAAGGGUGAUGAUGAGAGCAGCAACCUUUAGCAGAAACACAUUCAAGAUUUCUCCGACGAAGCAUACCGGAAGAGCAUCCCUUCUCCGAGAGCUUCUCCUUCGUCUUCCCCGUUCUUCCUUUGCAGCAACCCCUACUUCGCCAUCCUCCAUCGAGUGCAUCGGUGGAAGAUUCAACUUGGCAAAGAGCGCCUCCUUUGUCUUCUUCGAUUUUUUGCUCCCAUCCGGCCACGGUAAAAUAACAAAUUAAAGGUGAGAAAUAUCCAGCAAUGGUAGGUGAGGAAACACCCUCUGGCGACAGCACCAGCAACGGUUUAGAAGAUACCCAACAACGGCAGUGCGCAGGGAAAGCAGGCAAGACGCGAUGAAUUUCCGACGGCGAGUUGUAGUGGUUUAGAAGACUAAUAGUGUAAAAAAGAAUGAGGCGAAUUUGGUCACACAGACACUAAAAGUUUGUAAUUAUU